CCACUGUGAGAAAUGGUCGAGUUUACCAAUGUCAUACUUCAACAGCGUCUUCGAUCAAAUUAUAAAGCCCAAGUUCUUCUUUAAGACAACCGAGCCAGUUGCGCGACAACAUGUUUAUAAAUCUAUUGGAAAGAAAUGGGCUGCAAAUAAGCUUAACUUGUGGAGUGCAUCUGAAGACCCACUUAAAAGUAGAGCUGAGAUUAUUGAUAAUGUGCCGGAUGGAAUUCCGCUGGAUCAAUGGAUUUCUUUUGUUGAUUAUCAAUAUAAAGAUUCAACAAAGGAAAAAAUUGAGUUAGCUUUGAGCCAAAGCACCAUAGACGAAUCUGAAAUUUCGCCAAAUGAUGCCAUUGGUAAGGUGCUAGGAAAAGAGCACUUUGGAAGGGUGAGGUUUUUGGGAUUAUGACCUGUCCCCAGUAGAGGUUUUAAACAAGUAAGACCUCGUUUUGGUGGUACAAGUGCUUCAAGUAGUGAAGGUUCAUGUUCGUCCCAAUGUCAACAGAACCAUAAUCAAAUGAUGAAUGCGUUGAAGGCAUAUAUGAUAAUGAAAGAAGGGACAAUACCUGAACAGUUUGCGGGAUUCUUUGCUUCUCCUUCGACAGUUUCUCCUACAACUCCAAGUGAUGCGGGCAGUGGACCCCUUUCGCCCUUGGACCCAAGAAGAUCACGCGGUGAUAGUAAUUCUAGUGAGGACCGUUGAUUUCAUUGUAAUUGUCUUAUAUAAUUAAUUGUGACAAUAUAUUUGUGUGGUUGGAGCGGAUGCUAGAAUGUUGAAGUGAAUGUUUUGUGUUCAAAUUUAAUUUUUGAGCCUAAUGAU